CGGGAUUCCGAGCGGAGCUGGUUGAGCCCUCAAAGUGCCUCACCGAGCGCGCUGGCUUUGGGGGGGUCUCCAUCGGUGGUGUCACUGCGACCAGCGGAGCCGGCGACAGCGAGCGACUCCCGCCAGCCACGGACAUGGAGAUGAAGAAAAGGAUCCACUUAGAGCUGCGGAACAGGACGCCCUCAGAUGUUAAAGAACUGGUUCUUGACAACUGCAAGUCAAACGAAGGCAAAAUCGAAGGCCUGACAGAUGAGUUUGAAGAGCUGGAAUUAUUAAGUACAAUCAACGUAGGCUUAAACUCAGUUGCAAACUUACCAAAGUUAAACAAACUGAAGAAGCUCGAGCUGAGCGACAACAGAGUCUCAGGAGGACUGGAAGUGUUGGCAGAGAAGUGUCCGAACCUCACGCAUCUAAACCUAAGCGGCAACAAAAUAAAAGAUCUUGGGACAAUAGAACCUCUGAAGAAGCUAGAAAACCUGAAGAGCCUAGACCUUUUCAACUGCGACGUAACCAACCUGAACGAUUACAGAGAAAACGUUUUCAAGCUCCUCCCGCAGCUCACAUACCUCGAUGGCUACGAUCGGGACGACAAAGAAGCACCUGACUCGGAUGUAGAGGCCUACUUGAAGGGCUUAGAUGACGAGGAGGAUGAUGAGGAUGUCUUGUCUCUAGUGAAAGAUCGGGACGACAAAGAAGCGCCGGACUCUGACGCAGAGGGCUACGUGGAGGGCUACGUGGAGGGCUUGGAUGAUGAGGAGGAAGAUGAAGAUGAAGAGGAGUAUGAUGAUGAAGCUCAGGUAGUAGAUGACGAAGAAGAUGAGGAGGAAGAGGAGGAAGGAGAAGAGGAGGAUGUGAGUGGAGAAGAGGAGGAGGAUGAAGAAGGCUACAACGAUGGUGAGGUAGAUGAUGAUGAAGAUGAAGACGAACCUGAUGAACAGGGAGAGAAGAGAAAACGAGAACCUGAAGACGAAGGGGACGAAGACGACUAAACUGAAUAACCUAUUUUUAAUUUUUCCUAUUGUGAUUUGACUGUUUCUACCCCUGUAUUUCCCCCUCCCUGCACCCUCAACCUUUUUAUUUUUCCUUUUUUUUAUUUUUCCUUUUUUUGUUUGGUUGUUGGUUUUUUUUUUUUCCUUUCUUUUGGUUUUACUUUUUUUUUUUUUGGAUUGUAAUGUUGCUGUGGGAACGAGAGGGAGAAACAGACUGGGUGGGCAAGGGAAUAAAAUCCUAUUUUUACUGCCACUCCUCCUCCUAUUCAUUUUAAACUUCUUUUUGUUUUUAAAAUUGUUGGGGUUUUUGGUUGUUUGUUGGUUGUUGGCUUUUUUUCCCUGGGGUCCCUUUUCUUUAGUCCCUGUAACUGCAAUAGUUAAGUAUAAACCAAGUGGUAAUUUGUUUCUUAUUAGUGGAGUGGAGGCUUUGACUUCUUUUCAACAAACAAAACAAAUGACAACACCCAAAAGUUUCAGAAUCCAAUGGAUUUCACCCCAAUUUACUCCACUCCAAGACACCUCAGUAGAGUUGCUCGUUGGGAUUUAUUUUUCCAGUCAUUUAACCACCUUGUAGAACACUUCCAACUAUUUUUUUUUUUUUUGCUUGGUUUUGUUGGGAUUUUGGCUUUGUUUUGGUUUAUUUUGUUUGUGGUUUGGUUUUGGUUUUUUUUUUUUUGAGGGGUGCUACAGGAUUUAUUUGGUUGGGUUUUGGGUUUUUUUUUUAAGGCAGAGCAAACCCCUCCACAGCAACAGGGUUGUGAGAAUGGCAUCUUGGAUCCAGUGAUUUCUUUGUUGCCUGUUGGUGAAUGACUGCCAUUUUCAGCCAAAGCUUUCCCUGCUCCUUGUAGCCACCUUUAGGUUUUCUUUUCUUCAUUGUAAAUAGUGACCAAAAGUUGUUUUUUUUUUUUUCUUGGGCUUUUUGUUUUCCCUCCCCCCUGCCUUCCUUUUGGGAGCUGUUCCUUUUAGAUCUGGUUUGUGGGGGUAACUUUAUAAUCCCCUCUCCUCACUCUUGCGUGUUGUGUGGGGUUAUUUUUUUCCCCCCUUUUUUCUUUAGUGUUUGGAGGGGGUGGGAGGUUGUUUUGAUUGGGUGCUUUGUUUUCAAUUGGGUUGUUUUGAGGGUUGUUUGGUUUGGGGUUGGGUUUUUUUUUUAGCUAGGGUAUAGCCAACACACUGAAAAUGGCAGGCAUUAAAAUCUAUAUAUAAAUAUAUAUUAAGAAAAGGAAAAAAAAAAGGACAAAAAAAAGAGGACAAAACAAACAAAAAAAGCAAAGUGUUUCCUAAUUCCUGAGUUACUAGUGAACUGAAUUUGACAAUUGUAAUAAAACCCAAACUGUUUCAACCCUUUUAAAUAA